GUUAUAAGUUGCUUUGGAUAAAGGUUAAUUACGAGGAUAUUACGUUGUAUUUUGCAGCAGUUCCCACAGCUCCCAGCAGCUGGAGUCUGGACAGCGGGACCCGGGAGGCCCUGCCCUUCCUGUCAGCCCAUGUGGGGAGUCACAUGGUGCCACCAGUCCCCCCGCGUAGCGUUCCUCCUGGGCACUUCUCGAUGCACUUUGAUGCUUUCCACCACCAGAUCAGCGAUCUCCCUCCAGCUCUCCCCGCGCGCUCUUUAAGAAAGUCUCCCUUGCACCCCAUACCUGCCUCACCCACCAGCCCACAGUCCGGCCUGGAUGGCAGUAAUUCUACUUUGUCUGGUAGCGCCAGCAGCGGCGUGUCCUCCCUGAGUGAGAGCAACUUCGGCCAGUCCUCGGAGCCACCUGCCCGUACUGACACUCUGGAUUCAGUGCCCAGCCAGGCCUGGACCACCGACGAGGAUGUGGAGUCACCCUACCUGCCCGUCCGCUACAGCAUCUCUGAGCCCGACGUCCUCGAGUCCAUCAAGCCCCCCCCUUGCCGCAGCCAUUCCGCGCCCGGUGGUGUCAACCCCCAGGAGGGCCAUCACCACCACCACGAUCCUCCAGCACUGCCCCCCAAGCCCUACCUAAGAGAGGGGUGCAUCCCCGAGGAGGACAUUCGGCCCAGGCCCAUGCCCCGCAAGAUCUCCCAGCCUCUCCUCACCAACAAGGAGGAGCAGGCCAAGGUGGCCUGGGAGCACGGCAUUAGUGAGGAGUAGGCCUGUAGGUUUGUAUACGUAUGGGGGUUAGAGAGGAAGUUUCCGAUGGUGAUGGAUUUCCUCGGUCCUGCGCUCACACCUUCACGUUUUGGAGAGCUCGCCAGAAUCCUUCAAGCACUCUGGCACAAUUAUGUUGUAAGUUAGGCUCUUCGAGAAAUUCACUAGGCCUAUUGAUCCCAGAAGGCCACCUAAAUUAUUUUUUUGGAAGAGAUAAAUAUGUUUUCUUGUAAAAAAAAAAAGUCAGGUGAAUGUCUCCAGUUUUGGAUUCAAGUUUUUAAUUUGGUUAUUUUUUCUUUCUUAGAAAAAAAACUGUGCAUUGGAUUAAACGGAUUAAGUGGCUUAGUGAAUUUGAUAAGAAAUCAACAUCUGUGUUCUUCAGUGAUCUGAUUGGCUAUCUAUUAUUUGGUGCUUACUUCAGAACUUGGAAUGAGGAUAUAGAAAGUAACUCAGUGUUAUUUUUAAGUGUCAAAAUUGAAUCAUUUAAAAAAAAGUCAAAGAUCAACUACAUUGUAUAUUUUAAUUUGGUCUCGAAAAGAUGAAAGCUGUCACCAAUGUAAUAUCCUGAAGGGUCAAAGAUUUGUCAUUAAUGGUUUGGAACUGCAAGCACUGAGUAAUCAAUUAUCAGUCUCUUAUAUUCUGUGCAGUUGAUCAAAAAAUACAAUAAUGUCAUGAAUGAAAGGAACUGUGAAAUGUUAAAAUAUUGAAUGUUUCUUUUGAGAGUGAUUCCGAGGGCAGUUAUGUGAGGGAAUACAAAACAAAGGGCUACCUUGGUUACGUCUUCAUAACCAAGAUAGCUUUUUUUUGAUAGCUAAAGAAAACAGAUAUUGAUAUUGUAACGCAUACGGCCACCAUUGCAGGUUGUGCGAGCUGGCUUACCAGCGCGGUGACGUCGCCGCCCUUC